AUGCGUAUUGGACUACUAGGUAAGAGCAAGCUAGGGUUUGUGUUUCCUAAGUCAAAAUUUGGUCUUGAGUAUGUUGAUAUUUGGGAAAAGUGCAACGCCGUUGUUCUGUCAUGGAUCAUGAACGUUGUAAGACCAGGCCUGCUCAGUAGUGUAGUGUAUAGUAAUAAUGCUCACAGAGUGUGGUGUGACUUAAAUGAGAGGUUUGACAAGAUCAAUGGAGCACAUGUGUUUCAUCUUCAUAAGGAGAUUCAUAGCCUAAGCCAGGGGACUUUGUUAGUAACUGAUUAUUAUACUACACUGAAGAGCCUAUGGAAUAAGUUCGACUCAAUCAUGCCUUGUCCAGGAUGCUUUUGCGAUAAGUCUAAGAAAUUCAAAGAACACUGUGAGUAUCAAAGGCUGCUUCAAUUUCUAAUGGGAUUGAAUGAAUCCUACUCAGCUGCUAGAGGCCAAAUCCUACUUCAGACUCCUACUCCUAACCUAAACAAAACCUUCUCUCUCAUCUUAAAUCAUGAGAGUCAGAGAAAUCUGAUGCAUACAAGUUCGGAUACUUCUAUUCAUAGAACUAUUGAAAUGUGUGGAUACCGAGGAUAUACCAAGGAACAAUGUUUCAAGGUUAAAGGCUAUCUUGUUGGAUGGAGAUCAAAGAAGAAAGGUGGUACCACCUAUUCCCACACCAACUCCUAUGCAAAUCAAGUUGAAGUCUCCCAACCUGCUGCUACCAAUCCAAAUUCCCCAGCUCCAGCAGGCUUCUUCACACAAAAUCAGUAUCAGCAGAUCAUGCAAAUGUUGGCAAAAGGAAGUAAAAAUGCAGGAGAGCACUCAGUCAAAGAAGCUUUUGCAGGUAGUAUCUUAUCUGCUUUAGUCUCCAAAUAUGUGCCUAUGGAAUGGAUAAUUGAUACUGGAGAAACAGAUCAUAUGAAUGCUAGUCUUGAUAUACUUGAUAGAAUUCAACCAGUACCUAACUCUGAGAGGAGAAAAGUUCAACUCCCCACUGGUAAUGUAGCAUCAGUCUCACAUAUUGGGAGAACAAAAGAUCUCUCUAAUGGACUAAUCAGGGGGAUUGAUAGAGAAGAGCAAGGUCUCUACAUCCUCAAGGAAGAUUUCAUCAACUCAGUCCCCGUUGUUGUUCCUCCUUCAGCAUAUCAUUCAACUAACACUCACUCUACUCCAUCAAGUCAAAUUGAGUCUAUCUACUUGUGGCACAGAAUAUUAGGACAUGUUUCAGAAAAAAUUGCACCUAGAGCCCUUUCUGCAGUCCUGAUGGGAUACUCUAUGUCACAAAAGGGAUAUAUCUUAUAUGAUUUGCACUCCAAAUCUUUGUUUGUCAAUAGAAAUGUAGUGUUCAAGGAAGAUGUGUUUCCUUUCAAAGACCUACAAAUUUCCUCAAAUCCACUCUUUCCUGUUCUCACUCUACCCACACAAAUCAUUAAUCCCUCUCAUAUGCCACCCCCUCCACCUUCUCUUUUACCUCACUUUCCAUCACCCCACUCUAAUAUCUAUCCAGAUCAGUCUUUACCCUCUUCAGACCUUCCUUCUCAAGCAAAUGUUCUUCUUACUAGGAAGUCCUCUAGACAAACUAAGCCUCCUCUUUGGCUUCAGGACUUUGUCACUGCAAAUCAUAACACCUCUUCUUCAUACCCCAUCUCUUUACACAUGUCCUAUGCCCAUUUGUCUCUAACCUAUGCCUAUGUUCUAGAUGGCUACUCAGCCAUUACUGAACCUACCUCCUACUCUGAAGCUUCUCUUGUUCUCAAAUGGGUCCAGGCUAUGGAACUUGAAAUUGCUGCCUUGUAG